AUGGCUUUAGAGUAAAUAAAUAAUAUUGAAUAAGUGGAAAAAUAUCCCUUAGUCUAUAUAGCUAUAGGUAUUUAGAUAGUCUUUCACUUGAUUGAUUAGAUUCUUAACUACUUGCAACUCACCUAUUCAUAAAGAAGAGAUAGACCUAAAGAAAUUAAAUAAUUAGGGUUCACAGAAAGGGAAUUCGUUCUUUCCUAAGUUUACUCAUUUGACAAACUAGUUUUUGGAAGUAUUUCAAGCGCAUUUAGCUAAGGUAUUAAGAUAGUAUUUUUACUUGGCUAUUUAAAUCCUUUCAUUUGGAAUAAUGUCUCCAAAAUUCUCCCAUUUAUCGAUAAAGAGAGCGAAUUUCAAAAUGCCUAUGGAUUUUUACUUCUCCAAUCAUUAUUAGAUUAGGUAUUAGAAAUUCCUUUCAGUUAUUUCUAAACUUUCACAUUAGAGCAAAGAUAUGGAUUCAAUUAAACAACAUUGAAAAUAUUUAUCACUGAUAUCAUCAAAAAUAAUAUUAUCAGCUAAGUUAUUACAGUUGUUUUGCUCUUUGGUUAUCUUAAAGUAGUAGAAUAUGGUGGAAAAUAUUUCUAUUUUUAUGCUCUAAUUUUUGUUUUAAUUGUGAUAUUUUUGAUGAUGCUUAUUUAUCCUAACUUCAUUGCCCCACUUUUCAAUAAGUACGAAGAAUUACCUGAAGGAGAUCUUAGAAAUGGUAUUAACUAAUUGGCUGUACUCAAUAAUUUCCCUCUUACUAAAAUCUAUUCUGUUGAUGGUUCUACAAGAAGCUCACAUUCCAAUGCCUAUUUCUUCGGUUUUGGAAAAAAUAAAAGAAUUGUAUUAUUUGACACAUUAAUUAAGCAACUUAAUCAUUAAGAAAUAUAUGCCGUAUUAUGUCAUGAAAUUGGUCAUUGGAAGUAUUCCCAUACUUUUAAGCAUUUAGGUGCUCUCAUGGUUAGAGUCUUUGCUUUCUUCUAUUUAUUUUCUUUUGUCAUUUACAACGAUAGUUUCUACGCAAGCUUUGGUUACUCAUAGAAAUCAGUUUUUAUUGGAACUCAUUUGUUUUUUGAAUUUUUCGUACCUAUUAACACCUUGAUGAAUAUUUUCACUAUGACCAUGAGUAGAAAAUACGAAUUCUAGGCAGAUAAUUAUGCUUUCUAAAUGGGUUAUGCUAAAUAACUUUAUGCUGGUUUGAUAAAAAUGUUUAAAGAAAAUGCUGGUAACCUCCUUCCUCACCCUAUAUACUCCUGGUAUCACUACUCUCAUCCACCUCUUAAAGAGCGUUUGGAAUAAAUUGAUAAUCUUUUAAAGAAGUCAAAUUGA